GCAGUUAGGUCUCGGGAGUCCCUGACUGGCAGACGCCAGUGGCUCCUGUCUUUGCGCCUUUCGUCUCCUCCCCUUGCAGAGCAGGGGAGGCGGGUCGACCUUAUCUCCGAGCGUGUGUCCCGACCGUCACUCCGCUGGCCGCCCUUCGGGCCGCGGCCUCCCCAGGGCCUGUGCGCUCGUCCUUCAUCCCGGCCGUCGCCGAGGGCCGCGCCCUGUCCACAGAGGACACUGUGGUCCGGAGUGCGACGGUCAGCCGAGGUCGCCCGUGCUCGCCUCCCCAGGGUCUCACGAUGGCGGCGUCGCUGACCCGCCAGGUGCAGGUGUCUGUGACUUUCAAUGAUGUGGCCGUGACCUUCACCCAGGAGGAGUGGGGGCAGCUGGACCCAGCCCAGAGGACUCUGUACCAGGAGGUGAUGCUGGAGACCUGCAGGCUCCUAGUGUCUCUGGGGUGUCCUGUUCCCAGUCCUAAGCUGGUCAACCAGUUGGAGCAUGGGCAGGACCUGUGGAUGGUGAAGAAGGACCUCUCCCAAAGCACCUGUCCAGGUGACGAAAUAAAACUCAGGACCACAGAACCUACCACCUGUGAGCCUACCCCACCUGAGAGAUUCUCACCCCAGGAACAACUAACACAAAAAGUUGCAGGGGACUCCCAAGUGGACCAGACCAACGAUCGGGAUGGACCAUCAGAAGUAUCUAUGCAGGAAGGAUACUUGAGAGCAGGGAUAGACCCCCCAAGGGAGAAGCUCCCAGGGAGCCUUGAACAUGGAGGCCUAGGGUCAGUUAGCAGUGUGCAUCCAGGGAGUGUGCAGGAGCCAGUUCCUUCGGGAGGUGCUCUCCUUGACCAUGACUCACAUGAAUUUGAUAAACAUCCCAUGGUUCAGGAAGAAGAAAAUAUCUUUAAAUGUAAUGAAUGUGGGAAAGUGUUUAACAAGAAACAUCUUCUUGCUGGACAUGAAAAGAUUCACUCUGGAGUGAAGCCCUAUGAAUGCACAGAGUGUGGGAAAACAUUUAUUAAGAGCACGCACCUCCUUCAGCACCACAUGAUCCACACAGGGGAGAGGCCCUAUGAGUGCCUGGAGUGUGGGAAGGCCUUCAACCGGAAGUCAUACCUUACCCAACACCAGCGGAUUCACAGUGGAGAGAAGCCCUAUAAGUGCACUGAAUGUGGAAAGGCCUUCACCCAUCGCUCCAAUUUUGUCUUGCAUAAGAGGAGACACACUGGAGAAAAAUCCUUUGUCUGCAAAGAAUGUGGUCAAGUAUUUCGACACAGGCCAGGAUUUCUUCGGCAUCACAUCAUCCACAGUGGUGAGAAUCCCUAUGAGUGCUUCGAGUGUGGCAAGGUCUUCAAACACAGGUCAUACCUCAUGUGGCACCAGCAGACUCACACAGGGGAGAAGCCCUAUGAGUGCAGUGAGUGUGGGAAGGCCUUCUGUGAGAGUGCAGCCCUCAUUCACCACUAUGUCAUCCAUACUGGGGAGAAGCCCUUUGAGUGCCUGGAGUGUGGAAAGGCUUUCAACCACAGGUCAUACCUCAAGAGGCACCAGCGCAUCCACACUGGAGAGAAGCCCUUUGUGUGCAUGGAAUGUGGCAGGGCCUUCACCCACUGUUCCACUUUUAUCUUGCAUAAGAGGGCCCACUCUGGAGAGAAACCUUUUGAGUGUAAAGAAUGUGGGAAAGCCUUCAGCACUAGGAAAGACCUUAUACGACACUUCAGCAUCCACACUGGAGAGAAGCCCUAUGAAUGCAGUGAGUGUGGGAAGGCCUUUAACCGCAGGUCAGGCCUCACACGGCACCAGCGGAUUCACAGUGGAGAGAAGCCCUAUGAGUGCAUGGAGUGCGGGAAAUCCUUCUGCUGGAGCACUAACCUCAUUCGACAUGCCAUCAUCCACACUGGAGAGAAGCCCUACAAGUGCAAUGAAUGUGGAAAGGCCUUCAGUCGUAGCUCAUCCCUCAGUCAGCAUCAAAGGAUGCAUUCUGGCAGAAACCCUGUCAGUGUAACAGAAGUGGGAAGACCCUUCACAAGUGGGCAGACUGCACUCACUCUCCGAGAACUCCUGUUAGGGAAAGACUUUUUGAAGGUAAACACUGAGAGAAAUCUUUUGCCGGAGAAAACAUCUACCACAGAAUCUGAUAGUACAUACCAAAGAGAAACCCCACAAGAAUCUUCGCUGCGUUCUCACAGACUGGCCUCAGAAAUUUCAACCAAUGGAAACCGGUCAGAAACUACCGUCUUAGCCAAUGGUACCUGGGUGCGAACAGUAAAAGGCCUCCAGUCCAGCAUCGCCUCGCCAUUUCCCGAGCCGUCGGUGAGUCGCCCAAGGGCCUACUGGCCGCGUUCCGACGACGCGUAUUGGGACUGGAAGAGUCUCAACCAGUGUUUUGUGUUCCCUCCUGUGGUCCCUUUUCGAGAUCAGCCGGACCUUCACACCCUGCUCCGCAGGGCUCGAGGGGGCAUCAUCGCGCCAUCGUUUCUUCUCAUGAGUGUCCCACAGCCUAUGGUGAACCGGAGCCUCACCAUUGAUGAUUUUGACAUCGGGCGUCCUCUGGGCAAGGGAAAAUUUGGGAAUGUGUACCUGGCUCGGCUCAAGGAAAGCCAUUUCAUUGUGGCUCUGAAAGUCCUCUUCAAGUCCCAGCUCGAGAAGGAGGGAAUGGAACACCAGCUGCGCAGAGAAAUCGAAAUUCAGGCACAUCUACAACACCCCAAUAUCCUACGCCUAUAUAACUACUUCCAUGAUGCACGUCGUGUGUACCUGAUUCUGGAAUACGCUCCAAGGGGUGAGCUCUACAAGGAACUUCAAAAGAGCCACACUUUAGAUGAGCGCCGUACAGCCACGAUAAUGGAGGAGUUGGCAGAUGCCCUGACCUACUGCCACGAGAAUAAGGUGAUUCACAGGGAUAUUAAGCCAGAGAACCUGCUGCUGGGGUUCAGGGGUGAAGUGAAGAUCGCAGACUUUGGGUGGUCUGUGCACACCCCCUCACUGAGGGCUGUGAUUGAGAUGGCAAACAACUUUAAACUGGGUGUGGAUGAGGACCAUAUUGAGGAGCUUGUGGACAUGGUUCCUGAGGAACUGACUAAUGAGGAGUUGUUGGAACUGGAAGAGGAAUGCAUAGCUGAAGAAAAGGCAAGAGAAAAGGAAACUGUAGAAGAAGAACCCUCAAGAAAAUUUAUAGAGAAGAGAAAGACAGUGUGCGGGACUCUGGACUACUUGCCCCCAGAAAUGAUUGAGCAGAAAACAUACAGUGAGAAGGUGGAUCUGUGGUGCAUUGGGGUGCUCUGCUAUGAGUUACUGGUGGGAAAUCCACCUUUUGAGAGCACCUCCUAUUCUGAGACCUACAGACGCAUCCUCAAGGUUGACUUCAGGAUUCCUUCAUCAAUACCUUUGGGAGCCCAAGACUUGAUCAGCAAGCUUCUCAGAUACCAGCCUUCGGAGCGGCUGCCAUUGGCCCAGAUCCUGCAGCAUCCCUGGGUGCGGGCCCACUCUCGGAGGGUUUCAGAACGAUCAGAAGGGAGGCUGCGGGAGGCUGCGACGCACCUCCGCCGUUUUGGACGAGCCGUGAGCCGAGCCGUGGAUAGGGAGUGCGACAGUCAGCCGAGGUCACCCCGAAGGCAGGGAAAAGGAGACGGUCGCGUGAGCCCGCAGGACCCGCCUCGGUCAUCGCCUCUCCGGGCCCCUCUCGCUGCUCAGGGUCCCGUGAUGGCGGCGGCGUGCGUGGAUCCGGCGCAGUUGUCUGUGACCUUUGAUGAUGUGGCCGUAACCUUCACUCAGGAGGAGUGGGGGCAGCUGGACCCAGCCCAGAGGACUCUGUACCAGGAGGUGAUGCUGGAGACCUGCAGGCUCCUAGUGUCUCUGGGGUAUCAUGUUCCCAGACAUGAGCUGAUCCACCAGCUAGAACAUGGGCAGGAGCUGCAGGUGGCGAAGAAGGAUCUGUCCCAAAGCACUUAUCCAGGUGAGAAAGGAAAACCCAAGAUCACAGAAUCUACUACUUUUGAAACUGCCGUGUCUGAGGGAGCCUCACUUCGGGAACUGGCACAAGGAGCUGAAUCACCAGAAGACUUCCAGGUGGACCAUGACAAGGAUCAGAAUGGGCCAUUGGAAUUGGAAGAAGGACAGUUGCAAUCAGAUAUAGACCCACAGAAGGAGAGGCUUCCUAGGAAACAAAGCUCUGAACAUGGUGGCUUAGGGACAGCUGAUGAUGUAUGUUCAAGAAUUGUGCAGCAGGCAGUUUCUCCAGGAGGUGCUCUACUUGGCCAUGACUCACAUGAAUUUGAUAAACAUCCCAAGGUUCAGGAAGAGGAAAAUAUCUUUAAAUGCAAUGAAUGUGGGAAAGUGUUUAACAAGAAACGCCUCCUUGCUCGACAUGAGAGAAUUCACUCUGGAGUGAAGCCCUAUGAAUGCACAGAGUGUGGGAAAACAUUUAGUAAGAGCACUUACCUCCUUCAACACCACAUGGUCCACACAGGGGAGAAGCCAUAUAAGUGCAUGGAGUGUGGCAAGGCCUUCAACCGCAAGUCACACCUUACCCAACACCAGCGGAUUCACAGUGGAGAGAAGCCCUAUAAGUGCACUGAAUGUGGAAAGGCCUUCACCCAUCGCUCCACUUUUGUCUUGCAUAACAGGAGCCAUACUGGAGAAAAACCCUUUGUUUGCAAAGAAUGUGGAAAAGCCUUCCGAGAUAGGCCAGGUUUCAUUCGACACUACAUCAUCCACAGUGGUGAGAAUCCCUAUGAGUGCUUCGAGUGUGGCAAGGUCUUCAAACACAGGUCAUACCUCAUGUGGCACCAGCAGACUCACACAGGGGAGAAGCCCUAUGAGUGCAGUGAGUGUGGGAAGGCCUUCUGUGAGAGUGCAGCCCUCAUUCACCACUAUGUCAUCCAUACUGGGGAGAAGCCCUUUGAGUGCCUGGAGUGUGGAAAGGCCUUCAACCACAGGUCAUACCUCAAGAGGCACCAGCGCAUCCACACUGGAGAGAAGCCGUAUGUUUGUGGUGAGUGUGGAAAGGCCUUCACCCACUGCUCCACUUUUAUCUUGCACAAGAGGGCCCACACUGGAGAGAAACCUUUUGAGUGUAAAGAAUGUGGGAAAGCCUUCAGCAAUCGGGCAGACCUCAUUCGACAUUUCAGCAUCCACACUGGAGAGAAGCCCUAUGAGUGCAGUGAGUGUGGGAAGGCCUUUAACCGCAGGUCAGGCCUCACACGGCACCAGCGGAUUCACAGUGGAGAGAAGCCCUAUGAGUGCAUGGAGUGUGGAAAAACCUUCUGCUGGAGCACUAACCUCAUUCGACACUCCAUCAUCCACACUGGAGAGAAGCCCUAUGAAUGCAGUGAAUGUGGAAAGGCUUUUAGUCGUAGCUCAUCCCUCAGUCAGCAUCAAAGGGUUCAUACUGGGAGAAACCCUGUCAGUGAAACAGAAGUGGGAAGACCCUUUACAAGUGCACAGUCCUCAGUCAAUCUCCAAGAACUCCUGUUGGGGAAAGACUUUUUGAAUGUAAACACUGUGGAAAAUGUUUUGCCAGAAGAAACAUCUUACUCAGAAUCUAAUCAUUCGUACCAAAGAAAAGGCCCACAAUAUUCUUCCCUGUGAGAAAACAUUACAAAAUACCAGUUGUCAUCUAAUGAGUCAUACUUAAAAAUGACCCUACCUAGAGCCUUAUUCUGCAUCUGAGAAUUCAUCCAGGAGAGAGACCCAGUCGUUAUUAGGCACUUAGAAAACCUUCAGCUGUAUCUUCUUAGUUUACACUGCAGUGUUAUCUCAGGAAUUUUUUUUCUCUAAAAAGAAGGGAGAGACUUAGAAGAGGAAAUGAACUACAACCAGUUUCUUUCAGACUCCUUGCCAUACCUAUGACACUUUGUCAUAGGUUUCUUAGUUUGGUUGUUAGGAGGAGAAUUUUGUUUCUGAGGUAAAGGACCUAGGUUCUUUAUGUGUCUUAUACAUAUAUUCAUUGAUGUCUAGUGUCCAGAGAGUUUGACAAUGAAGGCAGGUCUGGAAACAUUCAUUGAACAUCUUUGUUCUAAAACAUUGUCUCUACUCUUAAGGAGCUUAAUUUUUUGUGAGAAAUACGAAGGCAUGAAUCAUCAAAUACCCUUCUAUGUGAGAUAAGAGUACACAUAUGAAGGGUCACAUUUUAUUGCACCAGUUAACAUUGUUUAAGGCUUUGAUUUUUAAAAAACAAGUCUUUUCAC